CAAAAAAAAAAAAAAAAAAAAAAACAGAAAACCGGUGGCAAAACAAAAGGUUGUCUCUCUCUCUCUCUCUCACACAGAGCGAGACGUUCCCAAUUGUGUCGGUUACCUUUUUUGGGCAAUGUGUUACGGUCAGCAACAGCAGCGGUCCUUCUCCAGAGACGACGACGGAAACCUAACCCCAUCGCGGACUCUCCGGUCUGCGAUCGACAACGCCGUCGUCGUCGAAGAUCUGCGUGGUCGGCUUGCGGAGACAGAGGCUCGUUUGGAGCGCGCCAGGGCUCGUGAAGCCGAGCUUAGCCGCCAGCUUGAAGAGAUGAAGCGCUUCGUCUCCGUCAUGGAGAUCCUCGAGACCUACCUCAAACGACGAUUCCGAGAACAACAGCAACACGUCGCCACCCUCUUCUCUCCUCUGCCUCACAAAUAAUCAUUUUUACAAAAUCCCCUCCUCCGGUGAUUGAAUUUUUUAACACUUUUAAAUCCCUUGUCCUGUUGUCCAUACUAAAAUUUAUCAACUUUCUUUCUUUCCGUCUAAUAUAUAUAUAUAUAUAUAUAUAAUGAAUUUGGGUUGAUUAUGCUGUCCUGUAAUGUUUAUUUUUGUAAACAAAUUAUUAUCAAUCUUUAUGCAUAUUCGUUUCUGUGAAAUUUAUAUGUGAAAUACAUGUACUGGAAAUUCAUAAAGAACCAUUGUUUAUUCUA